AUGCCCCUGUCCGACUUUCUGGACGGCCUGAAGGACAACCCGUACUUUGGGGCCGGCUUUGGACUGGUUGGGCUUGGGACUGCGUUGGCCGUGGCCAGGAAAGGUGCCCAGGUGGGAAUGAUCUUCUUCCGCAGGAACUAUAUGAUCACCCUGGAAGUCCCCAGCAGGGACAAGAGCUACCACUGGCUGCUGAGCUGGAUCACCAAACACGCCAAGCACACCCAGCACCUGAGUGUGGAGACCUCCUACCUGGCUCAUGAGAGUGGACGGGUCCAGACACAGUUUGACUUCCACCCGAGCCCUGGGAACCACAUCAUCUGGUACGGGAGGCGGUGGAUCAGGGUGGAGAGGACCAGAGAGAAGCAGAUGGUGGAUCUGCACACUGGAACCCCGUGGGAGUCUGUCACCUUCACUGCUUUAGGCAGAAACAGGCAGAUUUUCUUUAAUAUCUUACAAGAAGCCAGAGAAUUGGCCCUAAAGCAGGAAGAGGGACGGACAGUGAUGUACACAGCCAUGGGUGCCGAGUGGAGGCCCUUUGGGUUCCCACGGCGACGCAGACCUCUCAGCUCUGUGGUCCUGGAGGGGGGCGUGGCCGAAAGGAUCGUAGAUGAUGUGAAGGAGUUCAUAGGAAACCCCAAGUGGUACACAGACAGAGGCAUCCCCUACAGAAGAGGAUACCUGCUGUACGGCCCCCCAGGGUGUGGAAAAAGCAGCUUUAUCACGGCGCUGGCAGGCGAGCUGGGCUACAGCAUCUGUCUGAUGAGUCUGAGUGACCGCAGCCUUUCAGAUGACCGUCUGAACCACCUCCUGAGCGUGGCGCCGCAGCAAAGCAUCAUACUGCUGGAGGAUGUGGACGCAGCCUUUGUCAGCCGAGACCUGAUUCCCGCAGAGAACCCUCAGGCCUACCAGGGAAUGGGCAGACUGACCUUCAGCGGCCUGCUUAAUUCUCUGGAUGGAGUGGCUUCAUCUGAGGCCAGAAUAGUUUUUAUGACCACCAACUUCAUUGACAGGUUGGACGCAGCACUGGUCCGGCCCGGCCGUGUGGACCUGAAGCAGUACAUUGGGAACUGCACGCACUGGCAGCUCACGCAGAUGUUCCGGCGGUUCUACCCAGACGAGCCCGCCUCUGAGGGAGAGCGCUUCGCCGAGCGUGCGCUGGCCGUCCACUCUGAGAUCAGCGCUGCCCAGGUGCAAGGACACUUUCUGCUGCACAAGAUGGACCCCGCAGGAUCUAUAGCCAAUGUUGCCCAAUUAGUAUAACGACAGGACUGCUAGGUGGUUUGGAGACUGAUUACUUAAUAAAGAGAAUAUGUUUUAACAUUUCCAGUUGGAGUUACGGUAUUAGAAGGAAACAUGUGCGUUGAUGCCAUGGACUGUAUGCAGUUUAUGAUUGAUACCAAGUAAAUACACAUAAAAAAA